AUUUGAACGUAUUCGGCGACUAAAAGCCGUAGGUGAACCGUCUCUUUAAUAUGAUGGAGCGCCAUCGAUCUUCCUUCUUCCUGUUCUUCUUUGGCUGUUGUGGGGAGCCAGCCAAACCACCUCAAGUAUCCAAAAGGAUCUCCCCAAUGUGAAAUUCUUCCUCCUUAGCUCCUUGCAAUGAACCGGAUGAGCUCUGGUGACUUUGAAGACUGGCCUCUUCGACUACCGCAGCGAGGUAGCAGCAUUUCUUCCUCGACUCAAGAUUCUGAUUCCGCAAGCAUUCUAUCACUAUCACAAUUUCCCGUUCCCCCUAGCCCGGCAACGUCUUCCGCAACCAGCGGAAGAUCAAAAUCCAUACAAUCUUUUCAGGAUGAGACGAUCAGAUUGCAGCUUCAUCCCGCUGUAACAAUAUCAUUCUUACGCGGAGCAAAAUUGUUCAAGAUACAGCACGCAUUUAUUGAUAUUUGCAAGGACGCCAGUGGCCAUCUCAAGUAUCUAGAGCUGGGGGGCGGAAUUGGUCAUCAAAGUGUCUUUCUUCAUACAUUUCAAAAUACCAAACUCCCUGUACCGCAUCUCGAACAACCCAGACUUACUGGAGAAAAGACUUUCCGAGUGUCAUUCCUUGAGGAGCAAACUGUGCAAACCGGGCAGACCGUUUUCAAUACACAAUUAUCAUAUACCUUUUAUGACUGGGAAGAUUGUGUUCGUUUCCAAGAAUUGCUGCUUGCAUCAAAAAUCAUCCUCACUGCAAGCCUAGCUGAAGCAAGCUCCAAGGGCCGUGGGGAAGAAUGCAUCAGCCAAAACUUGCGCAUACUUCAAGGGUGGAAUGAUCGACGAGUGAUUCUCUUUUUUGCCAAUUCUCAACGAAAGGAAAAGAAGACUUAUGUUUCCAUACCACUCCAUUGCAUUGAUCGCGUGGUCAAUGCCAAGAAGGCAGGGCAUCCGGUCGCGUUGCAUCUCUGCCCUAAUUUUGAUAUCCUUUCCCAGAUGAAAGUGUUGCGGGUAUCCUUUCUGGAUGAUGAAGAUCGAAUAGCCUUUUUCCAGACGGUAUCUCAGGGAAUUGCGCAUCGAUAGCUGCAAAUCUCUCUUUUCCACCUUGCCUCUCCAACGACCGCCUUUACAGUUUCAUCACUGUGUUUCUAUGAUAUUUGCGGCUCAGGGCAUUUUGCGAUUUGUCAGUUAUUUUCAUUGUCGGGAGUUUUCGUGACGGAUAGAAAUACCCUUAAUUUACGAUAGUUACGAUGUCUCUCCAAUAUCAUUACUACGACUGCAAUCUAAGCAAAUAUACAUGCUACGAUUACCGCC